GAUGCCAAUCUGGCUAAAUUUUACUUCUAUUUUAAAACACAUAAAUGUUCUCUUUCCAUUUAUAGUUAUGUUAAGAAUACUAGGAAAUUCAAGGCAUCAAAAAUCUUAAAAUUAAUGCUGUAAAAAUGAUGACAUUAUUUAUAUAGUAUAAUUUGGAAAAUACUGAAUAUAUUUUUGUUUUGUUCAAAUACAUGGAUUUUUAUGAAGAGGAUAACUUUAAGUACCAAUCAUUAUCAAGUUAUGCGGGGUGGUAUAAUAGAUGGAGGUAUGGUACAAAGAAAACUAUUUAAAUCCUUAGCUCUUCAAAUUAUGUGCCAGUUUCUAUGUUGCAGUUUUCUCAUCUGAAAAAUGAGUUGAACUAGAUAACCUCAAAAGUACCUUUCACCUCUAAAAUCACAUGAUUCCUAAAUUAAAACUAAAUCUUAAUUUGGAAAUGUCUUCCAUCAUUACCACAAAAGGUAUAUAUAUAUUUUUAUGUAUCAAUGUGAACUGUAAUCAGGAUGUACUUAAGUAUUUCCACAAACCUACAGAAACUCCGAUUUGAAAGUGUCCACUAGUUUAGGCCAUAGCUAGGUUCAAAUUUUCUAGACCACCAAAUUUUACACUGAAACAGGAUUAGCAGUAUGUGUGAUAUUUGCUUUUAUUUUUAAUCCUUUGUGUUUAAGAAAAGCUGUGUGACUAUAUAACACUGCAAUUUCCUAAAAGUUAUGUCUGAAUACUAUGUUAUUUUAGAGAUUUACUAAUCUAAUUGUUCCUUUUGGCAAGGUAAUAGAGCCCUUACAGAAAUAUGCCAAUUCUUUAAUAAUAUUGUGAAAAUGCAAUCCUUAUUUUCUCUUUCUCUGUCUCUCUGUCAUACACACAGAGUACAAUUAAAAAAGUUUUCUUUGACUCUUUAUAAUCUCAUUUCUGCUACCAAAUUAGUAUACCUCUAUAUAAAAUGUAUGAUAGAAAAACAAUAGCUUAUGUCAGUUAUAUAUCGACAGUCACAAAAUUAGCAGAUAGCUUUGAUACUUUUGUUCUCAACUAAAUUAACUGGCUCUAUUAGAAGUUCAACUCCCACCAAAAAAGCAUUCUAAAAUUGCCAAGUGCUAACAGUUCAGUUUCUUCCCCAUCCCACUUCACCAAAUUAAAAAUAAAAAUAUCAGUCUAGAUACAGUCUAGUAAUUUGCUUAUUAUUAAUUGACUUUAGCUAUAUAACAUAUAUAUGCCUACUAGUCAUAAUUCUGUAUGGUAUGGACUACUUCUAUAUGCAUGAACAUGAGUUAAGAAUGCACCAAUUUCAUUUUUUAAAAAUCAAUUGUGGUAACUUUAAAAUUGAGAUAAAUGACAAUUACAAAUUUGACAAUACAUAUUUGCUGUGUUAAGACUUUUUUUUCCCCUCAAGUUAAUUCUUUUUUCUUUAGCUAAUGAAGAGGAAGGCAAGUUAAUGGGCUCAUGUUAAAUAGUUUCUUAACUAACAGUACUCUAACCUCAAAAAUAAGCACAGGAAAUGGGGUUUAGUUGAUAUGUUGAGUUUUUUUUAUGUUUUCUAAAUAUCUUAACUAUGGAAUCGCAUGCAUUAAUCUCAAUCCUUAUCAUUCUUGACCUCUCUGUAAUAUGUUGUUGACUAAUCCCUUCUCCUACCUCUCUUAAGAUAUUCUCACCUCCUUUUUGUUUUUGUGAGACUGGAAGGAAGAAAUCAAACAAGCAUUUAUUAAGUGCCUAAGAUGCGUUGCAAGUAAUACAAAGAAGAGCAAAAACACAGUUCCUGCUUUGAAGUUUACAUUUUAAUGAAUCAGAUCAUACGUAAAUAAUAAUGUAGAUACACAUUAUGGACAGAGUAAAGAGAGAGCAGAUUUUGGAGCCAAGACCAAUGUUCAAAUCCUCCCCCUGACACAUGCUCCCUAUUUAAAGUUAUAAAUGGAACACAAGGUGUUGAGCUGUAUUGAUAAAAGUAUUGUCACCUAAAAGUUUCUUACAUCAAUGGAAUCACAGCUUCAUUCCACAUCUCCAUAUUUGUAUUUUCUUAUCUGUAUGUUAUCCCCUUUCCUCUAAUACACAACAUAAACAUAAAUUACCUUUGCUAUGUGCAGUGCCUGACAUAAGCAGCAUUUAAUGUUAGUUUGUUAAAAUGAACUAAAAAUUACAGUGUAUAAUCUUGGAGUCACUCUUGAUUCUUCUCUCUUUGUCCUCCCCAUUGCCAAAUCUCAUUACUUCUUCCUCCAUAACACUCAGACUCUCAGUUAUUUCUAACUUAGACUACUGCAAUAUCUUCUAAAUUAGAUGACCAGCCCGUAGUCUCUUUCCUCUUCAAUUCACCUUCCACAUAGCUGCCAAAAUAAUCUUCCUUAAAUCUGUACUUGUUAUUCCCCUGGAUCAAGAAACUUCUAUGACUUCCUAAUAUACCUAGAAUAAAAUAUAAACAUUUUUCUUUGAAAUUUAAAUCUUCAGAGUCUGGUUCCAGCCACCUUUGCAGUGUGAUUAUCAUUGUCCAUUCACACACUCUUCAUUCCUCAUAAACAACUAAAUUUACUGUUUUCUGAACUUGGUACAUUCUUUCCUGAACUUAUUUUUUUGUACAGGCUAUUCUCUCCCUUAAUGCUGGAAUGAAGUUUUUACUUCUGCCUCUUAGAAUCCUUUGUUUCCUUUAAAGUUAAGUUGAUGAGGCAUUUUCCUAGGGGAAAAUCUUUCCUUACUCCCUGUUAGUGCUUUUGUGUGUAUGUGAAAUGUUUGUAUACAAACACAUAUAUACAUAUGAGAACUGUUUCUUUUUUACAUGUUAUAUCCUGUACAUGUUUACACGUUUUACAUGUGUGCCCACUCCCUAGUACAAUAGAAACUUCUUAAGGACUAAUUUUCAUUAUCUUAUAGCCCUAUUGCCCAACACAAUGCAUUGUACGUAAUGGGCCUUGGUGAAUGGAAUUUUUACUCUGUCUUAUAUAUUUCUGAGAACAUUCAAAUAUUUUAUUGUAUUUUACAAUCUUAUAUAUUGGGCAAGAAGCCCAUCACAGGGAAAUUGGUAUAGUAAUGAAAUUAAUCUCAUUUCAGGGAAAGAAGUCUGAUGUAGUCUAUUCUUGGAAAUAUCAUGGUAUCUUAAAUGAAAAUGACAAAAGCAUGGGGGCAGGUAGGUGGCUCAGUGGAUAGAGCACGAGCCCUGAAGUCAAGAAGACCUGAGUUCAAAUCCAGCCUCAGACACUUAACAUUUCCUAGCUGUGUGACCCUGGGCAAAUCACUUAACCCCAAUUGCCUCAGCAAAAAUAAAUAAAUAAAAAUGACAAAAGAUCUUCUAGCUAAAUCAAAAUAUUAGUGAGAAACACAAUGUUUCUAAAGAAAGUGUUGAUCUUAUAAUAAACAAUUAUAUCUCACCUUACGCAAAAGAAGUCACAAAAAGUUUCAUGUAAAUAAAAUAUAAAUUAAAUCUACUGGGGAGCCUUGCCAUUUAAAGGUGUUUUCCUUUAGACAUGUGUAAAAAUUAAUUUUCAUUAGUUAAAUUUAUCAAAUUGAUUAAAUGAGAUGCAACUAUAUAUUUAAUACAGAUUUUUAAAAAUUAUACACUAAUCUUUUAAAUGACUAAAUGGUGGCGGUGCUGUCAUGUAUAGAAAGAGUGUUCCCUUCUCUCUCCCUGAUUUUUUUUAGGAUCCAAAUUGUGUUCAUUUUUUAUCUAUCCAAUUACUCUGGCCCAUGUUGAUUUUUAUUUUCGUUUUCCUAAAAUUCCUUAUUAAAAAUAAAUUUAGCUCGACUUGAUAGAUACUAUUUUUGUUAUAUAUCAAUAUAAAACCUGAUCUCUAUUCUCAUAAGUAAAUUAGUUCUUCCUCUUUUUUUUUUUUUUUUUUUGAAUUCUGUACUUUUGGCUUGAAUUCAUUUAAUAAGAUACAGUGACAUAGUAUGAUGCUCAGUACAUAUUGAAUACUUAAUAGCCCUGACUCUAUCAAACUCUUUUUCUACCAAAACAAAAAAUUUAAUCUCCAUGUAAUUUUUUUAGGUGGAUACAUCUCCUUUUCUUGGUCUAAUUUGCUGCAUCUUCAUCUGUGUCAUAUCUAUGGGUAUAUUCCAAGGCUCUGUCUUUUGACUUUCUUCUCUUUUCUCUUUCUACUUUGUUAGUAUAGGUUAUCUUAUCAGCUCCCAAAUGUUUAAUUAUCAUCCCUAUGCAAAUGAUUUCCAGACAUGUAAAUCUAGCUUCUUUCUUCUCUGAUCUAGUCACACAUUGCAGACUGUCUAUUGGAUAUUUUCAAACUACAUGUUCCGCAUAAUCUGAAAGCAUGAAAACUUCAUUCAAGAAAUUACUUUUGCUUUCUAUAUCCACAUAGAGGAGAAGAAAGUUACACUUUCAAUGAUUUCAAUUUCCACUCACACCCUGCCUUACUCUUCCUAUGACAACAUCUUCAUGGAUAACCAAAGUAGCCAAUGCCAAAAUGACUCAUCAGGGACAUCAAAUGCUGCCACCUGCACUAUGGAUGAACAAUUACUGUCUGUUGUUCUAACAGUUUUCUACUCCUUUAUUUUUAUUGUGGGACUUGUUGGAAACAUCAUAGCUCUUUAUGUAUUUUUGGGAAUCCAUCGUAAAAGAAAUUCUAUUCAGAUUUACCUGCUUAAUGUAGCCAUUGCAGAUCUCCUACUCAUCUUUUGCCUCCCCUUCCGAAUACUGUAUCAUGUUAACAAAAACAUCUGGAUAUUGGGUGUAAUUCUCUGCAAGACGGUGGGAACGCUAUUCUACAUGAAUAUGUAUAUCAGCAUUAUUCUUUUGGGUUUGAUCAGUUUGGAUCGUUACAUAAAAAUUAAUCGAUCUAUUCAUCAACAUAAAGUAUUAACAACUAAACAAAGCAUUUACAUUUGUUGUACAGUGUGGGCACUAGCAAUAACUGGAUUUUUAACUAUGAUCAUUUCAACACUUAAGAAAGAAGGACAUAAUUCUACAAUGUGUUUCCAUUACAGAGACAAGCAUAAUGCAAAGGGGGAAGCAAUUUUUAAUUAUAUCAUAGUGAUCGCGUUUUGGUUAAUUUUUCUUCUGCUAAUCCUUUCUUACAUUAAAAUUGCCAGUUACCUUUUAAAGAUUUCUAAAAGGAGAGCCAAUUUCCCUAAUUCUGGAAAAUAUCAUACCACAGCACGUAAUUCCUUCAUUGUGCUUAUUAUUUUCACUAUAUGUUUUGUUCCUUAUCACGCUUUUAGAUUCAUUUAUAUAACAUCACAGCUAAAAACACCUGAUUGUUACUGGAAGGAGAUUUUCCACAAUAUCAAUGAGAUUAUGCUUGUACUCUCAUCUUUUAAUAGCUGCUUAGAUCCAGUUAUGUACUUUCUGAUGUCCAGCAACAUCCGCAAAAUUAUAUACCAACUUCUUUCAAGAAGAUUUCAAGGAGAAUCAAGCAGAAGUGAAAGUACUUCAGAAUUUAGAGCAGGCCAAGGCCAUUCUCUGCAUGAUAAUUCUGUUAGUGUUAAAUAUGAUCAACAUUUAAGAGUACUCUGAGAUGAACAUGUUACAAAGAAUUAUCAAUCACUGUCUUUUACCAAAACUAUUUACUAACUAAUGCUAAGGUCUACAAGUAUUAUUAGAGAACUACAAAAUUCAGUAAUGAUAUUUCUAGCAUUAACUAAAAACAAAUGAACCAACCUCUAAAAUUUAGCAUUUUAUGAAUUUUUCUUUUUGUAAAAUAUAGCAAGCUAUGGUUUAUUUCCUUGAUUCAUCAAAUAUGUUGAAGACAAAAAGAUCACAGUCACUUCUAUAUGAUUUUAAUUGUAUUAAUUUCAGUUUAAAAUCUUAAAAGUGUUAAUCUAUUGUUACAUUUGUAAAAGGAGUGGCAAAAGUAUCUACAGGAAUUCAUGACCUUAAUAAUAUAAGAAGCUGAAGAAAAUUUUAAUUUCCCAAACUUGUAAAUUAGUGUCAAUAUAUAUUUCAGACUAUUUAAAUAGGUACAACAAAUAAGGGAGAUAAGUGUCUUUGAUUACUUUAGGUUGACAGAGUUGUGUUUAGUUGGUACUCAAAAAUUUCUCACAUAUUUGUCAAAUUCAUACAUUAUUCAUGCCUUUUUUUAAAAAAAGUAAAAGCUAAGAUUUUUCUAGUUUCUAUAAACAAAAUUUACAGUGAUGUAUAUGACAUGAUAUUUAGCAAACUAAAUCUUUUUAAAAGUAUACAUUCAUGAGAUACCAGUUGUUCCUCAACUACAUGGCUAAAUAAAACCAUGUAAGGAAGAAAUAAAUUUCAAAGCUCUUUAUCCACAUUAUCUAACAAUACAUGCAAACACGUCACAAAAGCAAGCCUUGUGAUACAACUGAAAGAAGCAAAAACUAAGACAAUAUUUUAAAAAGCAAAUGGAUCUGAACACAACAAAAUCAGGUUUCUAAAUCAAAUAAACUUGUUAUGAUUCUCUGGGAGAUUAUAGGAAUAAAUGAUAUCACUACUAUAACUAUACCUGAAUGAUAAGGAAAGAAAAGGAACCCAAUAUGCAAAAUGAUAAAGAAGAAGCUGGGUAAACUAUUGUCCAUAAAUAUAAUAGACUAUUGUGCCAUAAGAUACAAGAAGUUUAAAGAAAACAAAAUAUAAAAUUGAUAUAAAGUGAUAAGGAAUGAAUCACAGAAUCUCAAUGAUAUAUACUGACUAUGACUAAAUAAAAAGAAUUGGGACAGAAUUCCAAAAAAUACAAAGAAAAAGAAUAUCUGAAGGGGACAUAGGAGCAAACAGGACAUUUCUAUUAUCAUUCUGUUAAAAUUUAACAUACACUUAAAAAUAAAUUGCAAAUAAUUUGAAGCUUAUGCUAUUAGGUGCUUUUUGUUUACUUGAAUGUUUUAUUGAUGAUUAUUAACAUUUUUCUAAAAAGAAGUUUCAAAAAUUAAUCAAUAAUCAUAAAAUUUAAAAAUUGUAAAGGACCUGAGAAGUCACAUGAAAGAAAAAGGAGUAUUAUUAACAUUAGCCCCAUAUUGCUCUUCCUUUUUCUCCCCUCCCUUUUGGAAGGAUGAUUACUUCACACAUUUUCAGAAAAAAUCUGAGAAUAGUAAAGUCCUGGCGUUGGCCCUUUUUUAUUUCUUUUUCAAUUUCCAUUGACUUCCAUUGAAAAUGAAAGAACUGUCCUUCCUUUUCCAUCUAGAACUAGUACCAGCAGGCUCCUAUACAGCAAGAAUCAUUUCUUGUACAAUUUUAUAUCCAACAGAAUUUAACACAGUAAAUACUUCAUAAAUAUUGCUGAAGCUGAUGCCUACAUUCCCUAAGUGUAAGGCCUACUUUAAAAGUGACAGUCACUAAAGCCUGAAUAUUAUCUAGUCUUGCCCCUGUUACUAACAGAUGCUGGGAAUAUUAAUCAUACUGGGACUUCAUUUCUUUACCUGUAAAGUAAAGGGACAGGGAUGUAAGAUUUCUAAGGACAUGUAUAGUUCUGAAAUGCCAUAAUUCUAUCAGUUAUUUGUUUUUUUUUUUUUUUCCAGCUAAAUAUCUAUUACGUGAUCGAAUGGUGAGAACCUCAAGGCAGAUAAUUUGCUUGCUUUAGAUAUGUAUCUGUUUGGAAAAGACAGAACAUUACUAGCAAUAUAAAUAAAACUUUGUCAAAACAAAUCUAAAA